AUGAGCUCUGCCAAGAUGGAAGUCGGACUCGUCCCAUCGAUUGUGGUGUCCAUCAUCACCUUUGCUCUUGGCUACCACGCCCACAACUACUUUUCCGCUCCCACCCCCCUCGAAGCCCCCAAAUCAAAGCCCCGCUCGCCCCGAAAGUUCCAAGCUUCUGAAUCACAAAAUUCGGACGACGACGACUCCCUCUCCGAUGCCGAGUCCGAUUCAUCCGACGCAUCUUCAGCCGUCUCCAAUACAGACCUGACAGCGCCCAAAUGGAGUAGCUUCGACGAGAUGAAGCUGGUACUUGUGGUGAAUGACGAGCUCAAGAUGACCAAGGGCAAGAUUGCGGCGCAGGCGGGACAUGCGACGUUGGCUUGUGCGCUGACAUUGAAGGAGGCGAACCCCAAGCUCUUCAAGGCUUGGCAGAUGCAAGGACAGCCAAAAAUUGCUCUGAGGACCGCCAAUACUGAGGAGCUCGAGAUCCUUGCGGCUCAGGCCCGGAGCGUAAACCUUUGUGCGAGGACUAUCCGGGAUGCGCAAGUCUGUUUCACUGGUAGGACACAAGUGGCCCCUGGAUCAAAGACCAUUGUCGGUAUUGGACCCGGCCCCGCCAAGCUCAUCAACUCUAUUACUGGCAAGCUCAAGCUCCUUUGA